GGGCGUCCUGUUAGAAAGCACUUACCAAGGCAGCAUGGCCUGGAACAGCCGUGACUUCCCACCCUCUGCUAAACUACUGGGGAAGAAUGAAGUGUUGGAAGAACAGCAAUUCCCUGGAUGCAAGAAGAGAGAGACACAGGUGUAUGUGGGCAAUCUUCCACUGGAUGUCUCUGAGGAAGAAAUUCUCUCUCUUCUAAAGGACUAUAAUGCUCUCCAAGUCUGCAGAAUCCAGAACGGCUGCAAAUGCUUUGCAUUUGUAGACCUGGGAUCCAUGGAGAAUGUGGCACUUGCGAUCCAGGAGCUGAAUGGCAAGCUCUUCCAUGGCAGAAAAUUGUUUGUGAAUACAAACAAGAGGGCUCACAGAAGGACCCCUAAUGUGGCCCAGGGGCCCCGGGAGCUGCAGGCUUUGGAAACAUCCUUUGGUGGAGAGACUGCUGCUUGUACACAGCUUACUCCUACGGAGUCUUUUGAUCCCUGUGAGAGGGAGAAACUGAGGGAAGCCUUGACAGUUCCUGUGGAAAUGAGAGGAUCCUUCCUAACGCUGCUCCUGAAGGAAUGCUACCAAGACCUGAGCUGGCUGGCUCUCAUCCCCAGCGUCCAGGGGAAGGUGGGGCUGCUGGUGACCAACACCGUCCCUUAUACUCCGUUUUUCUGGGCCAUGAACAUCACUGAGGCACUGCACCAGAACAUGCAGAUGCUGUUCAGCACCUUGGCCGACAUAGAGGAGCAGCAGCCCUUCCUGCGUGAGUCUGCUGUGCACCGUGGGACUCGCUGUCUCGCAGAGCACCACCUAGGGGACCAUGGUUCCGCCUGGAACAGGUGCUGGGUGGUAGACAGGGUUGACUCCUGGGCUGUGGGCAUGUUCAUUGAUUUUGGCCAGUUGGCCACCAUCCCUGUGCAGUCCCUGCGGAGCUUGGACAGCGAUGACUUCUGGACCAUCCCACCUCUGGCUCAGCCAUUCAUGCUGGAGAAAGACAUUUUCCCUUUACAUCUGGGUGUUUAUCAAAUCCUCAAAGGGAAAAUCACUGGUGCUUUGAAUUCAGAGGUGCACAUCCUGAAGUUUGAAGAGCUUAAAUAAGAGGCUGCAACAAAUACAUUACCUCUCAUGUCUGCCUACCCUGCCCUGGAGUGUUCUGUACUUAGUCUGGGCUAUAAAAGAAAAUGCUAGUGUAGCCAUCAGUGCCCACCAUUGAUGGGGUCUCCCAUUUUGCUUUUACUUCCAACUUGCCUCUCAGAAAGAGUGAAGUUUCCUUUUUGUUUGCCUUCAGUUCUCAAACUUGGCAAGAACAUUUGAACCAAACCUAAGAAACUUCCAUUAGAUGGAAAGCCUAAAGCAGCCAGGGAACUUUUUUCUGAUACCUUUUGUUUGUAUCCCAGAGCAAGGCAUAAAAUAUACUAACAGAUUCUAGAGAAUGGAAGAACCCCCUGCCUAGUUUUCCUGGUGUUGUUCCAUGCAGGAUCAGAUAGAAAUAAAGUUGAGCCAGUGCGCCUACCACCUUAGAAAAUAAAUGUUGGCAUGUUUCACGUAUGUGGUGAUUG